CAUCUUAAAACUCGCGGAAUCUGGAGCACGUGCUGUAUUUACACACAAUCACCCAGUAGAGGAUACUCAGUGCCAUCGAGAAACUUCGACGCUAGUGCAGGACAGUGCUCGGCUGAAAAACGCGAGUUUUCAGGAGAUGAUCCGAACGAAGACUAAUUAAGGAGAUUUUUUAUGGACAUAAUGAAGAGCUUGUGGACGUUGGUCGUCUGUCUGGCGUCGGCGUCACCGCUUACAGCAAAUUUGUUGGAAGAAUACCCAAUCGAGUCAGGCCAAAUUACCCAAUACGCAUCGACGUUCCGAUGUCCCAACGAAGGCUAUCAUGCAGAUCCCCAAAACUGCCGUAUAUUCUACAGAUGCGUGGGCUCAGGCAAUAAUUUAACACCAGUCCAGUUCGAAUGUAGUGAAGGAACAGUGUUCGAUCCUGCGAUAAGCAGUUGCAAUUACCCAUAUGCAAGCAAUCGCGAAGAAUGUGGCGGGAAUGGUGUCGAUGGUGAAUAUGGCAAUGUUCAGAGUUCUUCGCCUUCAACUUGGACAACUACGAGCAGUUCAUCUACUUGGGGACCACCCACAACUCAGUCAUCCGCUACAACCGUUUCUAGUCAAGUCGGUGACAAAUGUACUCAAGAAGGUUUCCUAGGCGAUAGCAAAAACUGUAGAAAAUUCUACCGCUGCGUAAAUAAUGGACAAAAUGGUUUUAUACAACACGAAUUUUCUUGUGGUUCUGGAACAGUUUGGGAUCCAGCGGCUGUUUCUUGUAAUUAUCCGUGGGCAGCACAAAGAACUGGUUGUUCUAUUGAAGAAAGUAAGGAUCAGGGUUCAGCACUGCCUCCACAAAACGACUUUGCUGCACAAAAUAUUAAUCAGUCUAGUAGUAGUCAAAAUGCUUCGUCGUCUUCCACAAAUAGCAGUAGUAGUAGUAGUAGCAGUAGUAGCAGUAGUUCAUGGACUCAAUCUAGUUCCUCCUCGUCAUCUUCUUCAUCUACUACAUCAUCUACUAGUUCAUGGCAAAAUCAACAAAACGCUGCCUCCUCAGGUCAACAACAAAGCGGUUCAUCUAACCAACAGAGCAGCAGUUCAAAUCAGCAAGGAAGUAGCUCUUCCAAUCAACAAGGAAGCAGUUCAUCGAGCAGCGGUUCUAACCAACAGCAAAGUGGAUCUUCCAACCAACAAGGAAGCAGUUCCUCGAAUCAACAAAAUCAAAGUAGUAGCUCUAAUCAACAAGGAAGUAGUUCCUCAAAUCAACAAAGUGGUUCUUCAUCAUCUGGCAGCUCUAAUCAACAAAGUGGCAGUUCAUCUAAUCAACAAAACCAGCAAGGAAGUAGCUCUUCAAGCAACAACUCCAAUCAGCAAGGAAGUGGCUCCUCCAGCAGUAGUUCAAAUCAGCAAGGCAGUAGCUCUUCUAAUCAACAGAAUCAACAAGGCAGCAACACUUCAAAUCAGCAAAGCAGUUCUUCGAGUGGUACUUCUACACAACAGGGUAGUAGCUCCUCGAAUCAGCAAGGAAGCAGCUCAUCGAAUCAACAAAGUGGAAGUUCUUCAAAUCAACAGAGUGGUAGUAGUUCAUCCGGUCAACAAAAUCAACAAGGAAGUAGUUCUUCCAGUCAACAAAAUCAGCAAAGUGGAAGUAGUUCUUCUAAUCAACAAAAUCAACAAAGUGGAAGUAGUUCUUCUAAUCAACAAAACCAACAGGGAAGUAGUUCUUCUAAUCAGCAAAAUCAACAAAGUGGAAGUAACUCUUCUAAUCAACAAAAUCAACAAAGUGGUAGUAGUUCAUCUAAUCAACAAAAUCAACAAAGCGGAAGCGGUUCUUCUGGUCAACAAAAUCAACAAAGUGGAAGCAGUUCCUCCAACCAGCAAAAUCAACAAACUGGAAGCAGUUCCUCCAACCAGCAAAAUCAACAAAGUGGAAGCAGUUCUUCCGGUCAACAAAAUCAACAAAGUGGAAGUAGUUCUUCUAAUCAACAAAAUCAACAAAGUGGAAGUAGUUCUUCUAAUCAACAAAAUCAACAAACUGGGAGUAGUUCAUCUAAUCAGCAAAAUCAACAAAGCGGAACCAGUUCUGGUCAACAAAAUCAACAAAGUGGAAGUAGUUCCUCCAACCAACAAAAUCAGCAAAGUGGAAGCAGUUCCUCCAACCAGCAAAAUCAACAAAGUGGAAGCAGUUCCUCUAACCAGCAAAAUCAACAAAGUGGGAGCAGUUCUUCUGGUCAACAAAAUCAACAGAGUGGAAGCAGUUCCUCCAACCAGCAAAAUCAACAAAGUGGAAGCAGUUCAUCGAAUCAACAGAAUCAACAGAAUCAACAGGGCAGUGGUUCAUCUAAUCAACAAAAUCAACAAGGUGGAAGUAGUUCAUCAACUCAACAGAAUCAACAAGGAUCGAACCAGCAACAAGGAUCCAAUCAGCAAGGAAGUAACCAGCAAAGUUCCAAUCAACAAGGAGGAAAUCAAUCAACCGGCUCUGCUUGUAGUUCUGAAGGUUUUAUUCCUGAUGAUAAUAACUGUACUAAAUUCUACAGAUGCGUAAAUAAUGGACAGAACGGUUACACAAAAUACGAAUUUACGUGUAGUUCUGGACUUGUAUGGGAUCAAAAUGCUUUGUCUUGCAAUUAUCCAGGGUCAGUAAGUGGAAAAUGUUAUUCAAAUACUCCCCAACCUGGACCAUCUGGUGAAAAUCAAUCUGGACAACAAACUGGUAACAACAAUCAAGGAAAUAAUCAGCAAAAUAAUAACAAUCAGCAAGGCUCGAAUCAACAAGGUUCAAAUCAGCAAGGCUCGAAUCAGCAAGGCUCGAAUCAGCAAGGCUCGAAUCAACAAGGUUCAAAUCAGCAAGGCUCGAAUCAACAAGGCUCGAAUCAGCAAGGUUCAAAUCAGCAAGGCUCGAAUCAGCAAGGCUCGAAUCAGCAAGGCUCGAAUCAACAAGGUUCAAAUCAGCAAGGCUCGAAUCAACAAGGCUCGAAUCAGCAAGGUUCAAAUCAGCAAGGCUCGAAUCAACAAGGCUCGAAUCAACAAGGCUCGAAUCAACAAGGCUCGAAUCAGCAAGGCUCGAAUCAGCAAGGCUCGAAUCAGCAAGGCUCGAACCAGCAAGGCUCGAAUCAGCAAGGCUCGAAUCAGCAAGGCUCGAAUCAGCAGGGUUCGAAUCAGCAAGGCUCGAAUCAGCAAGGCUCGAAUCAACAAGGAUCUAAUCAGCAAGGCUCUAAUCAACAAAGCAAUAAUCAGCAAGGCAAUAAUAAUCAACAAAACCAACAAAAUUCGACUCAACAAAAUCAGCAGGGCCAAAUAGUCAACAACCAGUGUGUAUCUGAAGGUUAUGUGAAAGAUGAUAAUGACUGUCGAAAAUUCUAUAGAUGUGUCAGCGAUGGCAAAAAUGGUCACACAAAAUAUGAAUUUAAUUGCGCGGAAGGAACUGUUUGGGAUGAAAAUAGUUUCUCCUGUAAUUACCCUUGGGCGGUUAAAGGUAAAUGCGCGACGGCUGGUCCUGAACAAAAUCAACAACAAGGGACAAACCAAAAUAAUAAUCAACAAGGAUCUAACCAAAUUAAUAACCAACAAGGUUCUGAUCAAAAUAAUCAACAAGGUACUAAUCAAAACAAUAAUCAGCAAGGUACAAAUCAAAAUAAUAAUCAACAAAGUUCUAAUCAAAACAAUAAUCAGCAAGGUACAAAUCAAAAUAAUAAUCAGCAAGGUUCUAAUCAAAAUAAUAAUCAACAAGGUUCAAAUCAAAACAAUAAUAAUCAACAGGGUUCUAACCAGAGCAAUAAUCAGCAAGGAAACAAUCAAAAUAAUAAUAAUCAACAAGGGUCUAAUCAAAACAAUAACCAACAAGGAAGUAACAACAAUCAACAAAAUCAACAAGGUCAACUUAGCGGAUCUGCUUGUACUAGUGAAGGUUUUGUUGGUGACGACAACGAUUGCUCUAAAUUCUACAGAUGUGUGAAUAAUGGACAAGGAGGUCUCCAGAAAUAUGAAUAUAACUGUGGUCCAGGUACCGUUUGGGAUCAACAAAGUUUUUCAUGUAAUCAUGCGUGGGCAGUCAGCGGAAAAUGUGGUUCGCCACAAUCUCCAGGGAACAAUCAACAGGGACCACAGCAGCCUGGAAAUAACCAACAAGGACCUAAUCAACCCGGAAAUAAUCAGCAAGGCCCAAAUCAACCAGGAAACAAUCAACAAGGUCCUAAUCAACCCGGAAACAAUCAACAAGGUCCUUACCAACCUGGAAAUAACCAACAAGGGCCUAAUCAACCCGGAAAUAAUCAGCAAGGCCCAAAUCAACCAGGAAACAAUCAACAAGGUCCUAAUCAACCCGGUAACAAUCAACAAGGUCCUUACCAGCCUGGAAAUAACCAACAAGGACCUAAUCAACCCGGAAAUAAUCAGCAAGGUCCACAUCAACCUGGAAACAAUCAACAAGGUCCUUACCAGCCUGGAAAUAACCAACAAGGACCUAAUCAACCCGGAAAUAAUCAGCAAGGUCCACAUCAACCAGGAAACAAUCAACAAGGUCCUAAUCAACCUGGAAACAAUCAGCAAGGUCCCAAUCAACCAGGAAAUAAUCAACAAGGGCCCGCUCAACCUGGAAAUAAUCAACAGGGUCCCAACCAACCACAAAAUCCUAGUCAGGCUGGUCAAUUGAAUGGACCCAACUGCGCUUCAGAAGGAUUUGUCGGUGAUGAACAAGAUUGUUCUAAAUUUUACAGAUGUGUGAACAACGGACAAGGUAAUUUACAGAAAUACGAAUAUACAUGUGGACCCGGAACAGUUUGGGAUCAAUCAAGUCUAUCCUGUAAUCACGCUUGGGCAGUCACUGGUAAAUGUGCAAAUGCCAAUCCACCUCCAAAUCAACCAGGAAAUAACCAGCAAGGUCCAAAUCAAUCUGGACAAGGACCCACUCAGCCUGGAAACAACCAACAAGGACCGACUCAACCAGGCAACAACCAACAAGGACCAAAUCAACCAGGAAAUAAUCAAGGUCCAAAUCAACCCGGAAAUAAUCAACAAGGCCCCAAUCAACCUGGUAACAACCAGCAAGGACCAUAUCCAUCAGGUCCUAAUCAACCGGGAAAUAAUCAACAAGGUCCCACUCAGCCUGGAAAUAACCAACAAGGGCCCUAUCAACCAGGAAAUAAUCAACAAGGUCCCAAUCAACCUGGACAAGGACCUACUCAACCCGGAAACAACCAACAAGGUCCAUAUCAACCAGGAAAUAAUCAACAAGGACCAAAUCAACCAGGUAACAAUCAACAAGGACCGAAUCAGCCAGGAAACAAUCAACAAGGACCACAUCAACCAGGAAACAACCAGCAAAAUCCAAAUCAACCCGGAAAUAAUCAGCAAGGACCCAGUCAAUCCCAAAAUCCGAAUCAGUCUGGCCAAUUAAGCGGGCAAAGUUGCGUUUCAGAAGGAUUUGUCGGUGACGACCAAGACUGUUCAAAAUUCUACAGAUGCGUAAAUACUGGAGACGGUAAUUUGCAGAAAUACCAAUAUACAUGUGGACCGGGAACGGUAUGGGACCAAUCAAGUUUGUCUUGUAAUCACGCUUGGGCAGUCAGUGGCAAAUGUGCCAACGCGAAUCAACCACAUCAACCAGGAAAUAAUCAACAAGGGUCAAAUCAACCAGGAAAUAACCAACCAGGCCCCAAUCAGCCAGGAAAUAAUCAACAAGGACCAUAUCAGCCAGGCAAUAAUCAAGGUCCUAAUCAACCCGGAAAUAAUCAGCAAGGACCCAACCAACCUGGAAAUAAUCAAGGACCCAACCAACCUGGAAAUAAUCAAGGGCCCAACCAACCUGGAAAUAAUCAAGGUCCUAGUCAGCCCGGAAAUAACCAACAAGGACCAUAUCAACCAGGAAAUAAUCAAGGUUCUAAUCAGCCCGGAAAUAAUCAGCAAGGGCCCAAUCAACCUGGAAAUAAUCAACAAGGGCCAAAUCAACCUGGAAAUAAUCAACAAGGGCCACAUCAACCUGGAAAUAACCAACAGGGACCAUAUCAACCUGGAAAUAAUCAGCAAGGGCCGCACCAACCAGGAAAUAACCAACAAGGACCACAUCAGCCAGGGAAUAAUCAAGGUCCUAAUCAGCCCGGAAAUAAUCAGCAAGGGCCCAACCAACCUGGAAAUAAUCAAGGUCCCAGUCAGCCCGAAAAUAACCAACAAGGGCCAAACCAACCAGGAAAUAAUCAGCAGGGACCAAAUCAACCUGGAAAUAAUCAACAAGGACCUCAUCAACCAGGAAAUAAUCAAGGCCCUAGCCACCCCGGAAAUAACCAACAAGGACCAAAUCAACAAGGCCCCAAUCAGCCGGGAAAUAACCAACAAGGACCAUACCAACCAGGAAACAAUCAAGGUCCUACUCAACCCGGAAAUAAUCAACAGGGACCAAAUCAACCAGGAAAUAACCAGCAAAGCCCAAAUCAACCAGGAAACAAUCAACAAGGUCCUAGUCAGCCCGGAAAUAACCAACAAGGGCCAAACAAACCAGGAAAUAAUCAAGGUCCUAAUCAAUCUGGAAAUAAUCAACAAGGACCAAAUCAACCAGGAAAUAACCAACAAGGACCUCAUCAACCAGGAAAUAAUCAAAGUCCUAGUCACCCCGGAAAUAAUCAACAAGGACCUAAUCAACCACAAAAUCCGAAUCAAACUGGACAAUUAAGUGGACAGAAUUGCGUUUCAGAAGGAUUUGUCGGUGACGAACAAGACUGUUCGAAAUUUUAUAGAUGCGUGAACAAUGGACAAGGUAACCUGCAAAAAUACGAAUACAGUUGUGGACCUGGAACUGUAUGGGAUCAAUCAAGUUUGUCUUGUAAUCACGCUUGGGCAGUCAGUGGCAAAUGUGCAAAUGCGAAUCAACCACAUCAACCAGAGAAUAAUCAACAAGGGCCCAAUCAACCUGGAAACAACCAACAAGGGCCACAUCAACCUGGAAAUAAUCAACAAGGACCAAAUCAACCUGGCAAUAAUCAAGGUCCUAGUCAAUCUGGAAAUAAUCAACAAGGCCCAAAUCAACCUGGAAACAAUCAAGGUCCUAGUCAACCCGGAAAUAAUCAAGGUCCUAAUCAACCCGGCAAUAAUCAGCAAGGACCAAAUCAACCAGGACAUAAUCAACAAGGACCCAGUCAACCUGGAAAUAAUCAACAAGGUUCUAAUCAACCUGGGAACAAUCAACCUGGCAACAAUCAGCAAGGCCCAAACCAACCAGGGAAUAACCAACAAGGUCCCAACCAACCGGGAAAUAACCAACAAGGCCCCAAUCAACCUGGAGAUAACCAGCAAGGACCAAGUCAACCAGGAAAUAAUCAACAAGGUCCAAAUCAACCAGACCACAAUCAACCUGGAAAUAACCAACAAGGCCCCAAUCAACCUGGAAAUAACCAACCCGGAAACAAUCAAGGACCCCAUCAGCCUGGAAAUAAUCAACAAGGACCACAGCAACCAGGAGACAACCAACAGGGGCCAAACCAACAACCUAAUCAACCUCAAAAUCCCAGUCAAUCUGGACAAUUAAGUGGACAAAACUGCGUUUCAGAAGGAUUCGUCGGUGAUGAACAUGACUGCUCCAAGUUUUAUAGAUGCGUAAAUACUGGGCAAGGCAAUUUACAGAAGUAUCAAUAUACAUGUGGACCGGGAACGGUGUGGGAUCAAUCAAGUUUAUCUUGUAAUCAUGCUUGGGCAGUCAGUGGCAAAUGUGCAAACGCAAAUCAACCACAACAACCAGGAAACAAUCAGCAAGAGCCAAAUCAACCUGGAAACAACCAACAAGGACCAAAUCAACCAGGAAAUAACCAACAAGGACCACAUCAACCAGGCAAUAACCAAGGUCCUAAUCAACCAGGAAAUAAUAAUCAGCAAGGGCCGCAUCAACCAGGAAAUAACCAACAAGGGCCAUAUCAGCCAGGCAAUAAUCAGGGUUCUAAUCAGCCCGGAAAUAAUCAGCAAGGACCCAACCAACCUGGAAAUAACCAACCAGGUCCUAAUCAGCCAGGAAAUAAUCAACAAGGGCCACAUCAACCAGGAAAUAACCAACAGGGACCAUAUCAACCUGGAAAUAAUCAGCAAGGGCCGCACCAACCAGGAAAUAACCAACAAGGACCACAUCAGCCAGGCAAUAAUCAAGGUCCUAAUCAGCCCGGAAAUAAUCAGCAAGGGCCCAACCAACCUGGAAAUAAUCAAGGUCCUAGUCAGCCCGGAAAUAACCAACAAGGGCCAAACCAACCAGGAAAUAAUCAACAAGGGCCAAAUCAACCAGGAAAUAACCAACAAGGACCACAUCAGCCAGGCAAUAAUCAAGGUCCUAAUCAGCCCGGAAAUAAUCAGCAAGGGCCCAACCAACCUGGAAAUAAUCAAGGUCCUAGUCAGCCCGGAAAUAACCAACAAGGGCCAAACCAACCAGGAAAUAAUCAACAAGGGCCAAAUCAACCAGGAAAUAACCAACAAGGACCAUAUCAGCCAGGCAAUAAUCAAGGACCUAAUCAGCCCGGAAAUAAUCAGCAAGGGCCCAACCAACCUGGAAAUAAUCAACAAGGGCCAAAUCAACCUGGAAACAACCAACAAGGACCAUAUCAACCAGGAAAUAAUCAAGGCCCUAAUCAGCCCGGAAAUAAUCAACAAGGACCAUAUCAACCAGGGAAUAAUCAAGGUCCUAAUCAACCAGGAAAUAACCAACAAGGACCAUAUCAACCAGGGAAUAAUCAAGGUCCUAAUCAACCCGGAAAUAACCAGCAAGGACCAAACCAACAAGGACCAUAUCAGCCAGGAAAUAAUCAAGGUCCUAAUCAACCUGGAAAUAAUCAACACGGGCCAAAUCAACCGGGAAAUAACCAACAAGGGCCAUAUCAACCAGGAAAUAAUCAAGGUCCCAAUCAGCCCGGAAAUAAUCAACAUGGACCAAACCAACCUGGAAAUAACCAACAAGGCCCCAAUCAACCUGGAAAUAACCAACAAGGGCCACAUCAACCAGGAAAUAAUCAACAUGGACCAAAUCAACCUGGGAACAAUCAAGGUCCUAGUCAACCCGGAAAUAACCAACAAGGGCCAAAUCAACCUGGAAACAAUCAAGGUCCUAGUCAACCCGGAAAUAAUCAAGGUCCUAGUCAACCCGGCAAUAAUCAGCAAGGACCAAAUCAACCAGGACAUAAUCAACAAGGACCCAGUCAACCUGGAAAUAAUCAACAAGGUUCUAAUCAACCUGGGAACAAUCAACCUGGCAACAAUCAGCAAGGCCCAAACCAACCAGGGAAUAACCAACAAGGUCCCAACCAACCGGGAAAUAACCAACAAGGCCCCAAUCAACCUGGAAAUAACCAGCAAGGACCCAGUCAACCUGGAAAUAAUCAACAAGGUUCUAAUCAACCUCAGGGACCUAAUUCCCCCACUGAUUCUUCUACACAGUCCCCGGUAUCAUCAACAACAAUAUCAAGUUCAGUAGGAGACACCUGCACGCAGGAAGGUUAUUUGGGUGACACGAGAAAUUGCAAGAAAUUUUAUAGAUGUGUAAAUAACGGAAAUGGUGGCUUCACAAGGUAUGAAUUUGUAUGUGGUCCAAAUACAGUUUGGGAUCCUGACGCAAUUACUUGCAAUUACCCGCAUGCAUCAAAGCGAGAAGAAUGUCGCAAUUAUGUAGAACAACCACAAAACACAUCAUCAACUAAUUGCCCAGACGGCACUAACACUACUCCCGGAUCAACCACAGAAAGUACGACAUCGGGUACAGAAAGUCCCACAACUGAUAUUAGUGGUAGUACUGGUGGCACAACCAACACAGAGCAGUCCACCCCCAGUAACACAGGAACAGAUAAUACCACACCAGCUAGUACUAUUGGUGAAAGUAGUACCACUAAUACUAUUCCGGAAAGUACUCCCGGUAGCACCAUAACAGACGGUACAACGCCAGGAUCUACCGUUACUGAUGGAACUACAGGUGGAACUGACAGCACUAGCCAAAGUACUGUAACAGAUAACACUACUCCAGGAACAGGUACUGCAACGGACAAUACUACUCCUGGAACAGGUACUGCAACAGAUAAUACUACUCCAGGAACGGGUACUGUAACAGAUCAUACUACUCCUGGAACUGGUACUGCAACAGAUAAUACUACUCCAGGAACGGGUACUGUAACAGACAACACUACUCCAGGUACGGGAACUGCACCUGGAGAAGGCACCACUUCUGGUGGUGGUACAGAAAGUACAACAGCGGGAACAGAUGGAAGUACAGGAACUGAUAUAUCAACCACUACGUUAGGUACCACAGGAGGAGAAAGUACGACUGAUUCAUCCCAAUCAACUACAGCACCAUGUCCCAUUGGGCAACUAGAAGGAGAUCAAAUAGCUUUAGUUUGUCCAACUGGAUUCAGACGGCAUCCUAAAUACUGCAAUCUGUUUUACCAGUGUACCAAGAAUCCAGACAACCACGACUUCAAAAUCCUCGUUCUGAGUUGUCCAGAGGGUACCAUUUAUGACGAUGAAAAAAUACAAUGUUUGCCUCAAAAUGAAACAACAAUGUGUAAUGGACAAAUUGCUCAAAGCUCAUUCUACAAAACACUCACAGAUAAUUCUCUCCCUCCUAUUCCAGUCAACACUAGAGAAACUCUUUGCCCCAACAUCGGCUUUUACGAGACUGAUGGAGCCAUUUGCGCGACAACGUUCGUUAAAUGUCAACGUAACUAUGGCUUCAGUGGUAGAAUGGAAGCUUAUAUGUACCAAUGCCCACAAGGGUUCGUUUAUUGGCAGAUAAGCAAGCAAUGCGAACGGCCAUCAAGGCUGCAACACUGCAGCGGCUACGACAUUCGUGAUACCAGAUGGGAGAUACCAGUAGAGACAAUAAAUGUCUCAUUAAGAAGAAGAAAAAGUGCCAGUUUAUUCGAUACGAUCUUUUAAGUAAAUUUUGUUGCCAAGUAGAUUAUAAGUAGGUAGUACUAUCGAGCACUGAACGAUCGAAACAAUUCUGUACUUGACAGGAAAUUUAGUAAUUUAUUAUUUAAUCUCUUUCGACUGAUAAACUAAUACAAUUUUCUUUGAACUGCCAUGAUUAGUUCGAAGUAAAAUGUAAUUAAUUAAAUAUAUGGCAUUUCCGAAAUUUUCCUCAAAUUUCGAAAAUGCUGUUGAUGCGGGAUGGUUCUGGGAUUAUUUAUUUCAAUUUAUUUAUUUAUUCUAAUGCUGUAAACUGUCUCGGAAAACAAUUACCUGCAAAAUAUUUUAGUGCAUAAGCAUCGACUACGCAUUGCCAGUGUAUACAGUAUGUAAUAAUUCGCAAUAAAUCUUAAUAUAACACGC